AUGGGUCUUCGUAGCAAUGUUAAUAACUUGAAUCCAAAGUUUGUUGAAGAAGCAAACCAAAACUUAAAGAAGUAUGGUGGACUUCCCCUUGUGAAGGCAACAGAUUUGAUUAAGAAGAAUCCCGAGUUGUUUGAAGAAACAAAAAAAAUCCUAAAAAAGUGUGGUGGACUUCCCCUUGCAAUAGUUACAAUAGGUGGCUACUUGGCAAGCCGGCCAAAGACUAGAGCUGAGUGGAGAAAGUUGAAUGAAAAUAUCAGUGCUGAGUUAGAGAUGAAUCCAGAGCUUGGGAUGAUAAGAACCGUCCUUCAGACAAGUUAUGAUGGUUUACCCUAUGAACUCAAGUCAUGUUUCUUAUAUCUGUCCAUUUUUCCUGAGGACCACAUCAUUAGCCAGAGGCGUUUGGUGAGUCGAUGGACAGCAGAAGGAUACUCACACGAGAGGCGUGGUAAGUCUGCCAAUGAAAUGGCUGAAAAUUACUUCACAGAACUCAAAUACAGAAGCAUAAUUUUACUAUUUCAACAAUCAGUUCGCAGUACAAAAUCAAUUGACCCUUGCAAAGUCCAUGAUCUCAUCCGUGACAUUGCCAUCUCAAAGUCAAUGGAAGAAAACCUUGUUUUUAGACUGGAGGAAGGAUGUGGCUUGAGUACCCAUGGCGCAAUUCGUCGUCUUGCAAUAAGGAGCAACUGGAAAGGAGAUCAGAGUGACUUAGAGAGAAUAGUUGAUCUGUCACAAUUACGAUCACUAACCGUGUUUGGAGAAUUCAGACCAUUUUACAUUUCUGACAAGAUGAGGCUUCUACGAGUGCUCGACUUAGAAGAUAUAUAUGAUCUAAAAUGCCAUCAGCUUGAUCAUAUUUGGAAGCUUAUUCAACUCAAAUACCUUUCUCUACGAGGAUGUUUUCGUAUUGAUCUACUGCUAGAUUCAUUGGGCAACCUGAGACAGCUCCAAGUGCUAGACGUCAGAGGUACACGGGUAUGGGCUCUGCCCAAAACCAUCAUCAAGCUUCGGAAGCUACAGUACAUCUACGCUGGUCGGAGAACAGAUUAUGUAACAGAGGCAAAGGACAGUUUAACGAGAAGGCGUGAUGCAUGCACUUUCGCGUGCUGCGUGAAAUUCCCUGCUGUGAUGAUGGGGGUUGAUGAAGAAAGAAGAGUUACGGUGCCAUGGGGGACCAGAAAACUGAAUGAGUUGCACACAUUGAGGGAAGUGAAUGUUGGAAGGGGAAAUGCCGUUCUGCAGGACAUCAAAAUGCUCACUGGAUUGCGCAAGUUACGAGUCACCGGCGUCAACAGGAAGAAUGGCCCGGCUUUUCGUGCCGCUGUUUCCAAUCUCAGCAGGCUGGAAUCGCUGUCGGUGCGUUCAGCAGGGAAGCGAGGUUUGCGUGGCUGCUUGGAUGGAAUAUCCUCCCCUCCGGAAAACCUGCAGAGCCUCAAGCUCUACGGCAAUCUGGAAACGUUGCCGGAAUGGAUCAAGGAGCUCCCGCAUCUCGUGAAGUUGAAACUAGCGAGGACCAGGCUAUUGGAGCACGAUGCUGCUAUGGAAUUCCUUGGGAACCUAGCGAAGCUGGAAAUUCUAGUUCUGUCAUGGCACUGGUCAUUGCUUCAGGGUGAAAAACUUGAUUUCAAAUCAUCGCAGGCUGGAAUAGCUUUCGGAAGCCUCAGGGUGCUCAGUUUUGGAGUAAUAAGCAAGGUCAAAUCGGUAAAGUUUGAGCAAGGAGCAAUGCCCAAACUUGAGUGGCUGCAGGUCACAGGGGUUGCAAAUAAUGAGAUUUGCUUUUCUGGGCUAGAUAUUCUCCUAAGCAUCAACGAAGUCCAGCUCGAUGUUUACAUGUACUGGCGUGGAGAAAUAAUAACCAUCAACGAGGAAGAUAGGCGCAAGAAAGGUGAACUGAAGAAGAAAAUCCAGGAACAGCUGCUCGGAUCGCGAACCAAUGCUGAUACAAGUUCUCUUAGACGCGUGGGCAGGGGCGGAGGGGACCGCAGCGGCGUGGGCCAGGGGAGGGAGACGGCGGCGCGCCUGGGUAGGGGCGGAGGGGACAGCGGCGGCGCGGGCCGGGGGAGGGAGACGGCGGUGGUGUGGCGAGAUCCAUGGAGGGGGAGGGAGAUGGCGGCGUGGGCCAGGUGGAGGGAGAUGGCGGCGCCACUGGCCAGGGGGAGGGAGAUGGCGGCGAGAUCCAGGGAGGGCUUGGGCCAGUGA